AGUGGAGAUAGUGGACGGUGUGCAGCUUAGUAAAGUUUUGUGGGAUUACCGAGGACAUUUGAUUCUUGUGUGCAUUCAGAUACCUAAAUGAAAAUAUUCUCCUGAAAUUCAUCACCAACAACCAAGAUAUUUAUCAAAGAUCAAAGUUAAACUGCUGAAAGAGAUGAAGCACAAGCCGUCCUGAAGAAUCUCCAGAACACGCAGAAAUUGUUUGAUACAUUUAACAGACAAAUAAAGCCAAGUCCCGACAUGGAGAAACAUCAGCACUCUGUCAAGAGUUUUACUAAACAGAGUAAUCUCAAAAAACACCAGCGCAUUCACACAGGAGAGAAACAGUAUCACUGCUCAGACUGUGGAAAGAGUUUUACUCAACAGAGUAAUCUCAAAAUACACCAGCGCAUUCACACAGGAGAGAAACCAUAUCACUGCUCAGACUGUGGGAAGAGUUUUACUCAACAGAGUACUCUCAAAAUACACCAGCGCAUUCACACAGGAGAGAAACCGUAUCACUGCUCAGACUGUGGGAACAGUUUUAAUCAACAUAGUCAUCUAAAACUGCACCAGCGCAUUCACACAGGAGAGAAACCGUAUUACUGCUCAGAAUGUGGGAAGAGUUUUAGUAGACUAGGGAAUCUAAAACUGCAUCAGCGCAUUCACACAGGAGAGAAACCGUAUUACUGCUCAGACUGUGGAAAGAGUUUUAAUAAACAGAGUACUCUCAAAAUACACCAGCGCAUUCACACAGGAGAGAAACCCUAUCACUGCUCAGACUGUGGGAAGAGUUUUACUCGACAGAGUGAUCUCAAAAUACACCAACGCAUUCACACAGGAGAGAAACCGUAUUACUGCUCAGACUGUGGGAAGAGUUUUACUGAACAGGGUGCUCUCAAAAAACACCAGCGCAUUCACACUGGAGAGAAGCCGUAUCACUGCUCAGACUGUGGGAAGAGUUUUACUGAACAGGGUACUCUCAAAAAACACCAGCGCAUUCACACAGGAAAGAAAACUAUCCCAAAUUUGUCCCACGAACUGAAGAACACGCUGCCGAGGUUUUACCAACAUGGAACAUCCCGGACCAUGUUUACACCAACACGAGGGACGCGUAUAGAGCCUUCCCCCACCUCGGGCUCUCCGACCACAUCUAUAUCAUGCUGUUCUCCGCAUACCAUCCCCCGCUGUGACGCUCCAAACCCACACAGAAGACCAUUACUGCCCUGGCUGAACACAAAGGUGCGUUCUCUGCUGAAAGCCAGGGAUGCUGCCUUCAGGUCCGGUGACUCAGAUGAACUCAAGAGGAGCAUGUGGAGGGGCAACAAGAGCAUCAUGGACUACAGAUCCAACACUGCAAAAAGCUCCAAAGACUCAUCCCUGCCUGAGGCUCUCAACAAGUUCUUUGCCCGUUUUGAGAAUCCUGACACCCCCCAGAACCCAGAAGACUCUCACACUCACCAGGAGUGGAGCUCCUCAGGACACCCAAGGCAAACAGGUCCUAGGUCAGGGACCAGACGAAGUGCAGCCCAAAAGGGAGAAACAACUUUGGAUCAAGUAUUCCCUCGCCCAGACGCGGGUCACCAGGGCCCCACUCUGGAGCCAGGCCUGGAGGUGGGGCACGCUGUGAACGAGAGAGUAGCCUCCCUUCGCCUACGGGUGGGGGGGGGGCGGGUCCUGAAUGGUGUUUGUGCCUAUGCACAGAACAGCAGUUCAGGCUACCCACCCUUUUUGGAGUCUUUGGAGGGGGUGUUGGAGAGCACCCCUCCAGGGGACUCCCUUGUUCUGCUGGGGGACUUCAACACUCACAUGGGUAAUGACAGUGAGACCUGGAGAGGUGUGGUUGGGAGAAAUGGCCCUCCCGAUGUGGACACCCUAGGCCGCAGUUCAAUGAUAGACUCUGUUGUCAUGUCAUCUGAUCUGCGGCUGCAUGUCUUGGACACUCGGGUGAAGAGGGGAGCGGAGCUCUCCACUGACCACUACUUGGUGGCGGAAUACUUUGAAGACCUCCUCAAUCCCACCAGCAUGCCUUCCAUUGAGGAAGCAGAGCCGGGGGACCUUGGGGUGGGCUCUCCAAUCUCGGGCGCUGAGGUCACCGAGGUGGUUAAAAAGCUCCUCGUUCCGGGAAUCACACUCUUAAGCCUCCCUGGUAAGGUCUAUUCGGGGGUGCUGGAGAGGAGGGUUCGUCGGAUAGUCGAACCUCGGAUUCAGGAAGAGCAGUGUGGUUUUCGUCCUGGCCGUGGAACACUGGAUCAGCUCUAUACCCUCAGCAGGGUCUUGGAGGGUUCAUGGGAGUUCGCCCAACCAGUCUACAUGUGUUUUGUGGACUUGGAGAAGGCGUUCCUCAAACAGACAGAGGAAACAGAGGAAAGUCCUGACAUGGAGGAACAUCAGCACUCUGUCAAGAGUUUUACUAAACAGAGUCAUCUCAAAAAACACCAGCGCAUUCACACAGGAGAGAAACCGUAUCACUGCUCAGACUGUGGGAAGAGUUUUACUCAACAGAGUACUCUCAAAAAUCACCAGCGCAUUCACACAGGAGAGAAACCGUAUUACUGCUCAGACUGUGGGAAGAGUUUUAAUCAACAGAGUACUCUCAAAAUACACCAGCGCAUUCACACAGGAGAGAAACCGUACCACUGCUCAGACUGUGAGAAGAGUUUUAAUCAUCAGAGUAAUCUCAAAAAUCACCAGCGCAUUCACACAGGAGUGAAACCGUAUCACUGCUCAGACUGUGAAAAGAGUUUUACUACACAGAGUACUCUCAAAAAACACCAGCGCAUUCACACAGGAGAGAAACCGUAUCACUGCUCAGACUGUGGGACGAGUUUUAAUCAACAGAGUCAUCUUAAACUGCACCAGCGCAUUCACACAGGAGUAAAACCAUAUUACUGCUCAGACUGUGGGAAGAGUUUUAAUCAACAGAGUACUCUCAAAAUCCACCAGCUCAUUCACACAGGAGGGAAACUUUAUCACUGCUCAGACUGUGGGAAGAGUUUUAAUCGACGGAAUACUCUCAAAAUUCACCAGCGCAUUCACACAGGAGAGAAACCGUAUCACUGCUCAGACUGUGGGAAGAGUUUUACUACACAGAGUAAUCUCAAAAUACAUCAGCGCAUUCACACAGGAGUAAAACCAUAUUUCUGCUCAGACUGUGGGAAGAGUUUUACUCAACAGAGUGAUCUCAAAAAACACCAGCGCAUUCACACAGGAGAGAAGCCAUAUCACUGCUCAGACUGUGGGAAGAGUUUUAAUCGAUGGAAUACUCUCAAACUGCACCAGCGCAUUCACACAGGAGUAAAACCGUAUCACUGCUCAGACUGUGGGAAGUGUUUUUCUACACAGAGUGAUCUAAAAAUACACCAGCGCAUUCACACUGGAGAGAAACCGUAUCACUGCUCAGACUGUGAGAAGUGUUUUUCUACACAGAGUAAUCUCAAAAAUCACCAGCGCAUUCACACUGGAGUAAAACCAUAUCACUGCUCAGAGUGUGGGAAGAGUUUUACUCAACAGAAUCAUCUCCAAAAACACAAGUGCAGUAACACAGGAGAGAAAACUAUCCCAAAUUUGUUCCACGGCAAUUAAAAGUGCAAAUCCUAAAUCUUUCUGACAGAACACCUUAUCCUACACUAAUGUAUUACUCUGUCACUUGGGACUCGUUCCACCAGAAACAAACAUGAACUGAAUUUAACAAUGGAUUUUACAGGUUCAGCAAAAUUAUUUUUAUCCAGGGAUGAUGUUUAUUGAAUUUCAUGUUAUGUUUUCUUGAAUGUUUGAUAUUCCAGAACAUUCUUCGUGAGACAGAGCUCAGUUUUUAGGGUAGUUACAGUAAGAGUUCAGCUCUGAAGAAGUGAAUGUCUUUCAAGUUCGAACUACGGCAUUGCCAGAGCUUGCUCCAGACAUUAGAUUAGCAUUAGAUUAACUUAGUCUUUAACAUUUAGAUGUCAUAGUUGUUAGGAGUAGAGUAGGAUUCUUGCAACUAAAUGAUUUUGUUGCUGAAACACCCACUUUACCUAUUUUUGGUGGCCUAAUGUAAUUUAAUAACUUCCCCCAUCUGAACACACACAUACCACAAACCCCAUCCAGGAUGCACUGGAAUUAGAAUAAAAGCCUUUGAUGACUCUUUUCACAAAUCAAACCUAAAUUUAAAUGACAUAUCUGAGUUUUUUAUCUCUCCAGUCCUCUCAAGAGACCUAAAUGCUAGUUGGGUAAACCUUGUACAUAUUCCUCCAGCAUACAGUAAUUCAGACAACCGUCAAACUUUGGACUUCUACGACCUAUAAUAGUCACCAUCUGUGACUGUCUCCCAAAUUAGGUGGACCAACAGUGCCAUCACCAGGACGAAAACCUGACUGCAAAUAUAAUAUAAUAUAAUUCAACUUGCUAAAAUCUACAGAAAUGCAAUCCACAAAGAGUUGGUUUGGCUUGGUUAUUCCUGCAAAUCAUUGAGAAAAUAAGACUCAUUUAGCUACAAGAAAUGUUCAAAGCUUUGGAUUCCAUUCCCAGCCUUGUAAGCUGAAAUUCUGGUGUAAACUGAUCUCUCUCACACACAUCAUAAAUUCUGAUCAACAGGCUAUGAGCCAGGCGAAGAGAAUUUCUCACAAAGAACAAAUAAGAAUAUACAUUAACUAAAUAAAAAGUUAUUUUACAGAAUAUUUACUAAAUAAUAUGCCACUUCUGGUAUAUGGGUUUAGAUGCUGUCCUGAUUAAAUUUUCAUACACAGUCAAGUCUGAAUCAACAAGGUUUAACUAGCAUUUAAUAAUUUUGCCUUAUUUGGUUAUCAGUGGUUUAACAAUGUUUGUAUUAUCUUUUCAAUUAUUUUAUUGGGUUGAAAUAGAAACAUGACUCUUUGUUUUCUUUUUGACAAGGUACCAUCCUUUGUUUCUAAUUUCAGGAUUAUCUUGAAUGUUAGCAACCUAUUUUUAGGAAAAACAUAUAAUUUACAUUUAUUGUGAAUCAAUUCUAAGAUUGUUUUCCUUGAAUUUAUCCUCAUGAAUUGGUACGCUGAAUAUUGUAUUUUGAUCCACUGUUUGAUUGAGUUGUCUUUUGGUUUGGUCUAAUAAUUAAAGAAAAUUGAAAACUUAGAAAUUGCUCCAAAACCAAUGAAAACACAGACACGUAGGUUGCUCCUCCCCCAAAGCCCACAGAGCCAAUGGUAGCCUUAAGGUCCAAACAGAUUUAGCCAGAGAGUGACAGACAGAGUAGUGGUGGAGAAUAAAAGUGGAGAGUGUCCAGGAUUACGGAUGGAUCCGUUUAGUUCAGUUCAGUCUUGAGUGGUAGUUGAGGAGUUUGGAGUUUAGCUCCUUUAGUUUAGCUUAGCAUUUUAGCUUCAGUUUAGCAAUAGCUUAGCA